GGCGGAGCAGCUGAGGUGCCGAAGGUAAACGCAAGAAUUGGUAUGCAAAGUGAGCAUCUUAUGUAAUUUAUCAAUAGUGUUAUGGAUACACUUGACGAGCAUGAAAUGUCCGGUCGCUAUCUUAUCUUAGGUAACAUCACUACACACAAGGUCGCUGCUGUCCAAGAGCUUAUUGAAAGUCGCGGAUACAAAGCUGUUUACUUACCACCUUAUUCACUUUUCCUGAGUACAGUUGAAUUUUUUUUUUGGCCGAAAAUCAAAGCUGGCGUAAAUAGAGGCUGUCUUGCUGCAACAGAUAGCUUGAGUGCUAGAAUUACUGAGUCAACAGAAUAGACAACUGCAACAACUGGAUUAAGUAUUCUGCUUCAUUUUUUGAUAGGUGCUUGGCUCUUGAGCCAGCGCUUUAGUAAAUUAUGUUAUAAAUAAAACUUU